CCGAAUAAAAAUCUCUGGUUCAACACUUUGCUUUUAAAACUGAACCCACUCAAAUUCACUUAUCCGAUAUACUUCAAUGGCUACGCCGGUGACCGUGUAUGGACCGCCAUUGUCGACCGCUGUCUCAAGAGUUUUGGUCUGUCUUCUCGAGAAAGAUGUCCCAUUUCAGCUUGUUCCCAUCAGCAUGGCUAAAGGCGAACACAAGAAACCUGAUUACCUUAAAAUUCAGCCCUUUGGCCAAGUUCCAGCAUUUCAAGAUGAUGAAAUCACCCUAUUUGAAUCACGAGCUAUAUGUCGGUAUAUAGCAGAGAAGAAUCCAAGCAAAGGAACCAUGGGACUCUUUGGGACAAACCCAUUGGUAAAAGCUUCAAUUGACCAAUGGCUAGAAGCUGAAUCACAAAGUUUCAAUCCUCCAAGCUCAAUUCUAGCCUUUCAGCUCGUUUUUGCCCCGAGAAUGAAACUCAAACAAGACGAGGCCUUGAUCAAGCAGAACGAAGCAAAGCUCGUGAAAGUGCUCGAUGUCUAUGAAAAUAGGCUUGGAGAGAGCCGAUACUUAGCCGGUGAUGAGUUCACUUUGGCCGACCUCUCGCACUUGCCUAACACUCAGUAUUUGGUUGAGAAAGCCAACCGGGCCGAGCUGUUUACAUCCAGAAAGAAUGUGGGACGAUGGUGGGACGAAAUCUCGAGCCGACCGUCGUGGAAGAAGGUGGUCGAGAUGCAAAAUGCACCACCUCAGUAAUCUUCAGCUUGAACAAGAAGGUUUUUUCGCUUCUUGCUGUCAUGUUCAAAUCGAGCUCCUUCGUAUUUUAUUAUGUGCUUAUUUCUACUCGAGUCUCUUGGCGUAACCUAAGAUCGGGUUUUUAUAACUAUAUAUGUGCAAACCAAUGGGUUAAUUUGCGGUUUUUCGCCAUAGCCAUAUUACAACU